AUGCACGGGUUAUACGCCACAGCCGAAAAGAAGCAGUACUGCACAAUGGCCACGACGUCGCUCUAUGAGGGCGGCCUCCACUCGAUCCCCGACUCGGCCUCCCCAGGCCUCCGCUUCCUCAAAUACCUCCUGCCCGUCCUCGACUCGCUCAACCCCGAGGGUGAGGCGCUCGCGCUGACGGCCGUCAUGGCGCCGGGCGCCACCUUCACCGUCAACAACAACCCGCCUAGCACGACGGAGCAGGUGCUGCCGCUGCUGCUCGUGCGCGCCCAGCGGCUGGCCAGCUUCGGCCACGAGCUGCACCGCACCUGGGACGUGGCCAAGCCCGGGGGCGGCCGCACCGUCAUGUACGAGAGCACCAGCACCACCAUCAUGAGCGAGGACCCGGAGUUGCAGCCCAUUGCCGUUCGCGAGUUCAACGUCGUCGAGCUUGUUGCUGUCGGCCAGGGCGAGGGCGGGUUCGCGGGCUUCAAGGCGGCAGGGCUCAGAACCUACAUGGACGCCGGCCCGAUCCGCAUGCGGGCCGCUACUCUGCACGCACAGGCGCAGGCGCCACAGGUUUGA